GUGCGUCUGCGCCGAGAGAAGGAGGAGGGUCUUCCACUCAGUCUUUUUAUUUAUUUCUUUGUUUCCAGGAGAAAAAAAACAACAACCACCACAGCGGUAUAUUCCUUUGCGGGACCGCCAAUGUUUCCCGUCCGAAUAAGAGAGAACCCUGGACCAUACUGCUGUACGUAUUAAAAAGCCCGAUUUAAGGGGGCGAGGAUGAAGCGGCGCAAUGCGGACUGCAGCAAGCUCCGACGGCCCUUAAAACGGAACCGAAUCACCGAGGGGAUCUACAGCAGUACGUUCCUGUACCUGAAAUUUCUGGUGGUCUGGGCGUUGGUGCUGCUGGCAGACUUUGUCCUGGACUUCCGCUUCGAGUACCUUUGGCCUUUCUGGCUCUUCAUUCGCAGUGUUUACGACUCCUUCAGAUACCAGGGCCUGGCUUUCUCAGUGUUUUUUGUGUGUGUGGCAUUCACAUCAGAUAUUAUAUGUCUGCUGUUCAUCCCAGUGCAGUGGCUGUUCUUUGCAGCCAGCACAUAUGUGUGGGUACAGUACGUCUGGCACACAGAACGAGGGGUCUGCCUUCCCACUGUAUCGCUAUGGAUACUUUUUGUUUAUAUCGAGGCAGCUAUCAGAUUUAAAGAUUUGAAACACUUCCACGUGGACUUGUGUCGUCCGUUUGCAGCACACUGUAUCGGGUAUCCGGUGGUGACGCUGGGCUUUGGUUUUAAGAGUUAUGUAAGUUAUAAGAUGCGUCUGCGGAAACAGAAGGAAGUGCAGAAAGAGAACGAAUUUUACAUGCAGUUGCUGCAGCAGGCAUUACCUCCAGAACAACAGCUCAUACAGAGACAAGAGAGAGAAGCAGAGGAGGCAGCAGCAGCAGCAGCAUUUAAAGGCAUUCAUGAUGUAGACUCUCCAGCUGUGGCACAGAACGGAUCGGCGGGCGGUAAAAAACCCUCAUCCAACACAUUACCAGAGCUGGAAUACAGAGAGAAAGAACGAGGCAAGAACGAGCCCAAAAAGCAACACAACCAGAACCAUAACAGCAGCACCAGCAGCAUCUUACCAUCAGUGGACAGUAAAGCUCAGGAGAUGGAGUACAUGGAGAACCACGUGAACAGUAAGAGACUGAGCAGCUCAGAUCUGCUGGGCAGCACUGAGAACCUGCUGAAAGAUGAACACUCUUCAUCCUCCUCCUCUUCCUCCUCCUCCAACUCCAACAAAAAUUACAAAAAUGCCAGUGGAGGGGGAGGGAGCUCUUCGCCCCGGGGGCACGGAACGGCCAACGGCAGCGUGCCGUCUUCCUCCGGACCUUCGUCGUCCGCCUCUUCCUCAAGUAAGGGGGACAAGAAACAGAAGUGUGGAGGAGGGAAGAACUCUGCAUCGAACAGAGACCCUGUGGAAAACUGCAUUCCCAACAAUCAGCUGAGCAAACCCGAAGCGCUCGUCAGGCUGGAGCAGGAUGUUAAGAAGCUGAAGGCAGACCUGCAGGCUAGCAGACAGACCGAACAGGAUCUGCGCAGUCAGCUGGGCUCUCUAGGCAGCUCUGAACGCAGCAUACGCUCUGAGCUCGGACAGCUGCGACAGGAGAACGAACUACUGCAAAACAAACUUCAUAACGCCGUGCAAGCGAAGCAGAAGGACAAGCAGACAGUGGGGCAGCUGGAGAAGCGUCUAAAGGUAGAACAGGAGGCUCGUGCUGCGGUAGAGAAACUGUUAGCAGAGGAAAAGAAACGCAAGAAGCUGGAGGAGGCCACAGCGGCCCGUGCAGUCGCUCUUGCUGCGGCAACCAGAGGUGAGUGCACAGAGUCUCUGAGGAGGAGGAUUUCUGAGCUGGAGACGGAGUUUAAGAAACUCACGCUUGACAUCAAGGUGAAAGAAGAACAAAUCAGAGAGCUGGAGCUCAAAGUUCAAGAACUACAUAAAUAUAAGGAAAAUGAGAAGGACACAGAGGUUCUGAUGUCAGCGCUGUCAGCGAUGCAGGAUAAAACCCAGCACCUGGAAAACAGCCUCAGCGCUGAGACCCGAAUCAAGCUGGACCUCUUCUCUGCCCUCGGAGAUGCUAAGAGACAGCUGGAGAUCGCACAAGGUCAAGUUCUGCAGAAAGACCAGGAGAUUAAAGACCUGAAGCAGAAGAUAGCAGAGGUCAUGGCCGUCAUGCCCAGCGUGGUGUAUUCAGCAGAUACAAGCAGCAUGACCCCAGUCACGCCCCAUUACUCCUCCAAGUUCAUGGACACCAGUCCGUCAGGACUGGACCCCAACGCAUCUGUUUACCAGCCCCUGAAAAAAUGAAUGCUUGUUUCCCACCACAGCAGACCUACACUCAUUCUCACCAGACACACACAUAUAAACACACACACAGUCUUCUCUGGUUGUUUUUUUUUCCUCCAUAGGCCCAGAUUCAGAUUCAUCUUUGGCAUGUCUGUGGCUCAGAUUGCUUUUUUGUUUUAGUUUUUUUCAUCUUCUAUUACUCCAGCUUCUUGCCUGGUCUGAAGGAUGUUGUAUUGUGCGACUGUAUUUGUUGUAGUAAAAAAA